UUGCAGAUGAUGUCCGCCAUCAAGUCUGGUCACGUGACGUAUUCCCGUUUCGCACGUAUGGCAGAGAUGGAAGAGGAGCAACAUGAAGCUGAUAAGCUCAAGAAGAAAAUCUCCGUUGAGCGCAGUGGAGGUGGCCUCUAAACCAAUCAGUAUUGAAAGAAGUUACCACUUUUUCCUCCCAUGAAGUUACCUGUGCAAUUUAAUUGUAGUAUACCAAUAGCGUUACUGCCGUUUUGUCAGCAGUAACGGUACCUUCACUCCUAUUUAUCUCAAUGCAACCAAUCACCAAGCAUUAGGCAGUUUUUCAAAAGGCGAUUUUUAAUCGCAAUGCGUUAUCAUUUCUUCGUUUGGAAUAACGAACAUCAUCCUUAGCAAACCCAAAUAUUUAAAGACAAUUUAUUACACAUCUUGAUUGAAACAGUGAAAAAAAAAAAAAACACAAAACAAACAUAGACACGAAUGGUUCAUUUUUUGUUAGUAUUUUAUGGUGAGGUUCAGCCUCAGUCUUUAUCAUGAUUUCACCUCAUUGAUGAAUCUGUAUGUAAUCUCAAUGUGUACAUAG